AUGGGCACCGGCUGGAUUGUCGCAUUCAGCAUCGGCGGUUUCGUCGUUGGAGCCCUUCUCAUAUUCUGUCUUGUCAACCGCCGCGGAGGACUCAACACCGACGCGAAUCUCGUCGCCGGACCCGGAAUCCCAUUGAACGCGACCCAAUACGUUGCCUGA